GUAAAUCCUAAAAUAUCACAAAAACUGAACAACACAGCUGUUCUUCUCGAGUCCUUUUUUUUGCUGCUAAGGACAAUUUAUUUCAUUAUUUCACAGUUCAGGACAUUAUUUCACGUUACAUGAGAUACACGUAUAGGAAGGACUUUUUGAUUGGAUCAAUAUAAAUACCUUUCUUCAUUCUCUUGCACCUCCAUCAACAUCUUUACAAUAUCUUCGUCAUUUCAUCACCUUUUCUGUCUUUAAUUUGCGCAUCAACUUCCUAGCACGAUGACUGUUCUUGUUGAACAUUGCGUCUCUGAUUCAAGAAUCGAGGAAAAGAAAACGAAAGAGGAGAGGGGUGAUGAACUGGUGUUGGAUGGAGGUUUUAUGGUUCUAAAAUCUAAAGAAACUGAUGAAUUCGAUGCUCCUGAUAUCAAUUUCCUGGGCCACUCUUUUAGGGACUAUGAGAAUGGUGCAAGCGAGAGACAGCAGGGUGUUGAGGAAUUCUACAGGAUGCAACAUAUUCAUCAGACUUAUGAUUUUGUGAAAGGUAUGAGAAAAGAGUAUGGAAAACUUGAUAAAAUGGAAAUGAGUAUAUGGGAAUGCUGUGAGCUAUUGAACAAUGUGGUCGAUGAGAGUGAUCCUGAUCUCGAUGAGCCUCAAAUUCAACACCUUCUCCAAACUGCUGAAGCCAUUCGCAAGGAUUAUCCUAAAGAAGACUGGCUCCAUCUCACUGCUCUCAUCCACGAUCUUGGAAAGGUUCUCCUUUUGCCAGAAUUCGGUGGUCUUCCUCAGUGGGCUGUCGUUGGUGAUACAUUUCCAGUUGGAUGCACCUUCGACCCGGCCAAUAUUCACCACAAGUAUUUCAAAGAAAAUCCUGAUAAUAACAUCCCAAAGUACAACACCAAAAAUGGAGUUUAUAGUGAAGGAUGUGGACUGGACAAUGUCCUUAUGUCAUGGGGUCAUGACGACUACAUGUAUUUGGUGGCUAAGGAGAAUGGCACAACUCUUCCUCACGCUGGUCUCUUCAUUAUUCGAUACCAUUCCUUUUAUCCAUUGCACAAGGCGGGGACCUACACACACUUGAUGAACGAUGAAGACAGAGAGGAUCUCAAGUGGCUCCAUGUUUUCAAUAAAUAUGACCUAUACAGUAAGAGCAAAGUUCACGUUGAUGUAGAACAAGUGAAGCCUUACUACAUUUCCCUUAUCAACAAGUAUUUUCCGGCGAAACUAAAAUGGUGAAAGAUUAAAGUUGGGAGAUCACUAAUUACAUAUUUUACUUGGAGGACAAGACAGAAGGUUGAUGAGUUUCUACUGCAUGAACGAGAGUUUAAAUUAUCUAAUACAAAAGUUAUAAUUUUCUUUUUUUCUUUCUUUUCGCAGUCACUUUAAGAAUAAUGUUAUAUCUUAUCAAAAUAAAAUAAAAUAAAAUAAAAUAAAUUGACCUAUA